AUGACUUCGCUGUUCAUCUGUCAACAGGCUGUGACAGCUCUAUGUGCGUUGAGAGGCGAGCUGUACAUAGGCACGGCGUGGGGCUGCGUCAUCGUGGCCGACGCCACCUCACUGCGGCCCCUCACCGUGUUCAGACCUUAUGAGGAAGAUGUGCGAGUAAUAAUCCCCCUGCACCCCCACAAGGCGGAGGAGGCUCCAAUGAUCGCCACGUUCGGGCACGGAUACCGACCGCUGUUGCAGAGAUAUGCGCCACAUUCAUCCAGUUCAACCAACACCCAUAACGGGUACUAUUGUCUUCUAUGGCAGACCCAGCAUUGGUUGCCCGACUAACACCAACCAGCCCACCGCUGGCCAACCAUCUUGAAGUUAAGCCCACUUUUGUGGGAAGAGAGCCAAAUGGGCUUAAAUGACCCGGGGAGACUUAAUGGAGAACAGAAAGUAGCUUAAUAACUUCCCUGUCCCAUGAGUCAUCUAUACUAAUAUUAUAAAGCUGAAGAGUUUGUUUGUUUGUUUGAACGCGCUAAUCUCAGGAACUACUGGUCCGAUUUGAGAAUUUCUUUCAGUGUUAGAUAGCCCAUUUAUCGAGGAAGGCUAUAGGCUACUUUUUAUCCCGGUACGGGAAGUAGUUCCCACGGGAUGCGGGUGAAACCGCUGGCAGAAGCUAGUAUGCGAUACACACCGAUUGUUUAACUAUUGUGUCUAUAUCGUGGACAGUGAAGUGGUUAAGUUACGCUGAAAGUACCGGUAAAAUCGUUCGAACCGUUUCAGAGUUUUGUUGGAACAAAUAGACAAUUUUUUUAUGUUUUGGUACAUUUUAAUAUUGUUACUGACACUCUAAUUUUAUUUAUUUCUCAACUACAUAUGAAGAUUUGAU